GGUUUCCGUCAAUAAAGCUUUUUUGAAUUUGCGGGAAUCUAACCAAUCAUAGUUGGACACGUCACACUUCCUUAGUCCUCGCUCUACAGUAGCUAGUACUUCUUUUUGUCUCAGCCAGUUUAUUUCGCAUUUUUUAUGGUCAACUGCAAAUAAAAUAUUUCCAGGAUGGCUUCUCGAGCAGGGCCGAGAGCAGCAGGCACAGAUGGCAGCGACUUUCAGCACCGGGAGCGGGUUGCGGCUCAUUACCAAAUGAGUGUUGCAUUAAAGUCUGAAAUCCGUAAACUGAACAUAGUCCAUCUUCUCGUCUGGAUACUGAUGGCGUCUCAGGUGAUAGUGAGCCAGCUGAGCCUGGUGUCCCACAGGAUUAUAGCCUCUCCAUACCAGUGGGAAUACCCGUACCUCCUGAGCAUAAUUCCCACAGUCUUUAGCUUCCUGGCUUUGCCUCGCAACAACAUCAGCUACCUGGUAAUCUCCAUGAUCAGCGCCGGCCUCUUCUGCGUGGCCCCGCUGAUCUACGGUGGUAUGGAAAUGUUCCCUGUAGCACAGCAGCUCUAUCGACAUGGCAAAGCCUACCGCUUCAUCUUCGGUUUCUCUGCCGUCUCAGUCAUGUACUUGGUGAUCGUCAUUGCAGUGCAGGUGCACGGCUGGCAGAUUUACUACAGCAAGAAACUGUUGGACCAGUGGUUCACUACCACGCAGGACAAGAAAAAGAAAUGAGCUGAGUUUUUAAACUGGGAGACAACAGAGCCAGCUCAGACCAAGAAAAUAGACUGCUAACAACAAUGUUAUGCUUCAUCAACAUAUAUUUCUUUAUAUUUGAUGAACAUUGCCAUCUUUCAAAGUUUUAAGGUAAAUCAACCUGUCAUUGUACCUUGCGCAGUCAUAAACAGUAAAUGUUUGGUGUACCUUACCUAACUCGUUUUCAGGUAAGAGUGUGAAUGCACCAAACUACAUUUGACUGUAAAACAUGCAAGUUGAUGUUUUGAAAACAUUCAAAAAUAAAUCUGUCAGACGGG